AUGGCUCCACCUCAGUUAGCAGAGCUACGAAAGCAGCUCGAUGAACUACUUACUAUCGGGUUCAUCAGACCUGUAAAAGCCCCCUAUGGAGCCCCAGUGUUAUUUCAGAAGAAGAAGGAUGGUUUUGAAGAACCAAAGGAUACCACAGGUUUUACGGCGGCGCAAAACAAGGCGCUAAAGGAAUUGCGAUCAAAGGAUAAGGCAUCAUUAUACAUGUUGUUAUGGGCUGUUGAUGAGUUGGGCUUUGAGAAGAUUGCAAGGGCAACUACUUCAAAAGAAGGGUGGGACACUCUAGAAAAGGUGUUCAAAGGAACCGACCAAGUCAAACUAGUGCGUCUCCAAACUCUACGUGGCGAGUUGGAGAGCAUGAAGAUGAAGGAGUCAGAAAAUGUAUUUGACUACAUUACGCGCAUACAGACCGUGGCAAAUCAACUAAAUAGAAAUGGAGAAAUGUUACCCGAGACGCGAGUUGUGGAGAAAAUCUUGAGGUCGUUAACUGACAACUUUGAGAAUGUUAUAUGUGUGAUAGAAGAGUCAAAGAACCUAGCGAAGUUCACGGUCGAUGAGCUCGCCGGUUCUCUUCAGGCACAUGAACAACGUAAGAAGAAAAAGAAGGAGACACUCGAUCAAGCGCUUCAGACUAAGGCAUCAUUAAAGGAUGAAAAGGUACACUACUCUCAAAAUAUUCAGGGUAGAGGUCGAGGAAGUCGCGGAAAUGGUCGAGGUGAUCAAGGUAGCAGUUAUGAAGAAAAUUAUAAGGAAAAGAGACAGUCGAGAGAUUGUCGAGCCGAGGAAAAGGUGGAAGAAACCAUCAACCUAGCCUUAGAUGACGCAACAAACGGAGACAUUCUCUUGAUGACCCAAAAUGAAGAGUUGAAAACAAAAGAACACGACGGUGCGAAAGACGAUGGCGAUAGUCGUGAGGUGGUGAAAACUGUUGGAAAUGAGGAGAAGGAAGAGAAUGGGAAGGAAAUCUCUGAGCUUGUCAAGAAAAUUGAAGAAGACGUGGAGAAAGAGAAUGGCUUGCUAAUGGAGAUUGAUGCUUUAGUGGACGAGCUAGUGAAGGGGGAGAAAGAUAUAGAGAUGCUAACUCAACGGAGAGACUCACUCGACGUGAAACUAAAUUCGGUCCAACAGGAGGCAGUGAAUUUAUGA